UGAGGGCGGCAGGAAGCGGCCCCCACCCUCCGCACUCGCACCCGCCCGCGCCGGCAUGUCGAAGCGGCUGAGGAGCAGCGAGGUGUGCGCCGACUGCAGCGCUCAGGACCCUUGUUGGGCAUCAAUAAACCGUGGGAUUUUGAUUUGUGAUGAGUGCUGUAGUGUGCAUCGGAGCCUGGGGCGUCAUAUCUCACAAGUGAGGCAUCUCAAACACACACCAUGGCCUCCAACGUUGCUGCAGAUGGCUGAAACACUGUAUAAUAAUGGUGCUAACUCCAUAUGGGAACAUUCUUUGCUAGACCCAGCAUCUGUUAUGAGUGGAAGGCGCAAAGCUAACCCACAGGAUAAAGUCCAUCCCAACAAAGCAGAAUUCAUUAAAGCUAAAUAUCAAAUGCUAGCAUUUGUUCAUCGCUUGCCAUGCCGGGAUGAUGACAGCGUUACUGCCAAAGACCUUAGUAAGCAACUCCAUUCCAGUGUGAGGACAGGGAAUCUGGAGACAUGUUUGAGAUUACUCUCUUUAGGAGCCCAGGCCAACUUUUUUCACCCUGAAAAAGGAAACACCCCACUUCAUGUUGCUGCCAAAGCAGGACAGAUUUUACAGGCAGAGUUGUUAGCAGUCUAUGGUGCUGACCCUGGCACACAAGACUCCAAUGGAAAAACUCCAGUAGACUAUGCAAGGCAAGGUGGGCAUCAUGAUCUGGCAGAGCGCCUUGUAGAAAUACAGUAUGAACUCACUGACAGACUUGCAUUCUAUCUUUGUGGAAGAAAACCAGAUCACAAAAAUGGACAACAUUUUAUUAUACCUCAAAUGGCAGACAGACGACUUCUAGAUUUAUCUGAAUUGGCAAAAGCAGCUAAGAAGAAGCUUCAGUCUCUAAGUAACCAUCUAUUUGAAGAACUUGCCAUGGAUGUGUAUGAUGAAGUUGACAGGCGGGAAACAGAUGCAGUUUGGCUUGCUACUCAGAACCACAGCACGUUGGUGACUGAGAAAACAGUUGUCCCUUUUCUUCCUGUAAAUCCCGAAUAUUCCUCAACAAGGAACCAGGGAAGACAGAAACUGGCCCGGUUUAAUGCCCAUGAAUUUGCUACGCUAGUCAUAGAUAUUUUAAGUGAUGCUAAACGAAGACAACAAGGAAAUUCUGUCACGGGUUCUAAAGAGAAUGUGGAACUGAUAUUGAAAGCUAUCAACAGCCGUCAUAAUAGUGAGAACCAGGAUAUUGACCAGCCUGAUUAUGACAGUGUUGCAUCAGAUGAAGAUACAGAUCUGGAAACACAUACAGCUAAAGCAAACAGGCAGAAGAGUCUGGAUUCAGACUUGUCAGAUGGGCCGGUCACAGCACAAGAAUAUAUGCAGGUUAAAAAUGCCUUGAUGGCUUCUGAAGUAAAGAUACAGCAGCUAAUGAAGGUGAACAUCAACUUGAGUGAUGAACUGAGAAUUAUGCAGAAAAAGCUUCAAACACUACAGAGUGAAAAUACAAACCUCAGAAGACAGGCCACAACCAAUAUAUAUCAGGUCCAAACUGGUUCUGAAUAUACAGAUCCCACCAACAAUUCUUCUUUAAAGCGACGACCAUCUGCCCGGGGUAGCAGACCUAUGUCUAUGUAUGAGACUGGAUCAGGUCAGAAACCCUACCUCCCCAUAGGAGAGGUCACAUACCCAGAAGAGAGCAUAACAAGACUACAGCCUUUCCCUCCACAUAUCGGGAGGAGUGCGUUUGUGACCUCCUCUUCAUCUCUGCCUUCCUUCCCCUCCACGCUUUCCUGGUCAAGGGAUGAAAGCACACGAAGGGCAUCAAAAUUAGAGAAACAGAAUAGCAUGCCUGAAAGUGACUAUGAUAACCCCACCCCCAGUCUGGAGCUGGAUGAACCAGGGUCAGGUAGAAAAGGAAGGCAGAGAAGUGUCAUUUGGCAGGGAGAAGGAUCUAUCCCAGAGAACACCGACACAGAUGCAGCCCCAAGCUCCACCCUGCCCAGCACAGAAGAUGUUAUUCGAAAAACUGAACAGAUCACUAAGAACAUCCAGGAGCUGUUGCGAGCAGCACAAGAAAAUAAGCAUGACAGCUAUAUACCAUGCUCAGAAAGAAUACACGUGGCAGUAACAGAAAUGGCAGCUUUGUUCCCAAAAAAACCCAGAUCUGAGCUGGUGAGGACUUCCCUACGCCUGCUGACAUCCAGUGCCUACAGACUCCAAUCAGAAUGCAAAAAAACCCUUCCUGUGGAGCCCUGCCCUACCGCAGACAUCCAGCUGGUCACUCAGCAAGUUAUUCAGUGUGCAUAUGACAUUGCUAAGGCUGCUAAGCAACUGGUUACCAUCACAACCAAAGAGAACAACAACUGAGGCCAGUUGGGUUUUUUAGUCUUGCUUUUAUAAAGGUUGGAUUUAAAAUUUAGACAUGUAACUAUUCAGAUUUUUACAAGAAAAUUAAGGGGGGCAAGAAACUUUUUUUAAAAGCUCAGUAUUAUUUUUGCAUGUUUUCUAACAGAAUUUUCACUGAUUAAUUUAACCCACUGCCUUAUUUUUGUGCCUGUGUUGCCAGUUUAGUUAUAGAUUAUAGUAUGUUGCAUAUAGCUGUCAAGCCAAUAUAACAAACCAAUGUUGUAUCACAAGUUUUUAUAGGAGAUUCCUGGUGGCCAUAUUCUGCUUUCAGAUAUUGCACGCACAACUUCCAUCAAAGUCAAAUGCACAUAUCAGAGGGCAGAAUCUCGCCUUCGCUCUGUACAUCCUGGAGCUUGGUCUGCAGGGGGAAUCCCAUGGAAUAGCUUGCUCUGUUAGUAGAGCAGUGGACUAUGAAAGCUCCAGGAACGUAACUGUUGGACAGUAGAAUUAAAUUUUAUAGUCUUCCUGAUAAUGGAAUACAAAGGUUAUAUAUUACCUGUUCCCAUAUGAACUGUCGUGCAAUAAUAUUUUUCCUUAGUUUACUAAAACUAUAGUUGUGGGCAUCCAAGCUUAUAUUAAAUGGUAACUAUACAAGGUCUUUGUCACUUUAUCUAUUUUGGAAGGAAGCAUGAAAUGUAGUAGUUACUUCUUUCUUUUAGUUGUCAAUAUACCAUUAGUUUUUACAUUUGAUGUUACUUUUAGAAAGGGCAUUAGUGUUUAAAACAUGCCGUUAUAUUUUCUCUGAUAUAAGUGACUCAUUCUGAAAUUUCCCACAGAACGUAUUCUCACUCAGUAUCGUCUUCAAGCAAUAUCUUGUUUGCAGUAGUAUUUUUUUAAUCUUUUAGAGGUGUCAUUUCACUAAAGAGUUGUGAUUCUUUUUUUUAAUGGAAGAUGAGAAAGAAGGCUACUUCUAAGGUAGUCAUGCCUGGCCAUACACCACAUCUGCAUUGAAAUGUGUACUAAGAAGACACCUCAUGAAAGAGUUUCCCAAACUCUGUGGACAAUAUCCAGAAGGACCUGUACAGGAAGGGCCACACCCCACCAUAUGCUACUCCAACCACUUUAAUGUGUGCGCCAUUCAAAUUCUAGUACUUUUUUCACUCUCAACUUUUUACCUUUGGUCUUUAAAAAUGUGAAGUCCCUAUUUCCAAAGGUGGCAGGUACUUUUGGAGCUCAUUGAAAAUCCAUGGCAGGUAGGCUGCUAAGUCACCUUUGGAAAACAGGAAUUUAGGUUCCUGUGUUAGGCUACCUGAAAAUGUCCCCUCCAUGCUCCUCCCCCAUCUUGACAAAAUUGACCUCUUUUUGGUAGUCUCUCAAAGCACUUUUCUAUUUAACACGAAUCUAUGAAAAAGAGAUUAAGGCUUCACGUUUGGACUAAAAAAACAUAUUCAGUUUGCAUAUAAACCAUUUUUACAUACAAGUCUGUCCUAAAAUAUCCCGCAGAGAUAUGAACGUCCUUCUGUGCUUUGACUCGUAUGGAAUUUCCAAGAGUGACUGUUGUGGGACUCAGACACCUGUGCAAUACUAAUGUCUGUAAUAGGGCUCCACAUCUCAAUGAGGAUGAAAUCUGGUCUUUGCUAACAAUCACGUGAAUUUGUGAGACUGAAUUUUCCUUUCCUCGCUUCCCUGGAGCUAGACAGACCGAUAGGGCUAAGAAGAAAAAGGAGCUAACUUUAUUUUUAGUACUGAAGUAACAUGGACUCUGAAUGCCAAGAGGGAGCAGAUUAUGUUAUAGUUAGCUGCUCGUUCAAACCAGGAUCACAGUUAAUAUAGGUAUUUUCCUCGCUCCGUGUUAGAACAUGAGAGUGAGAUUUUUAUAAAAGUCCCACAUAUUUUUUUAUAUUUGAAUAUGUAUAAAAACAUGGGGAAACUUGUGAACUGCAAAGGCAUGGAUUUCCCACCUGGCCAAUCAGCUUACCUUGUUAAAAAGUAAUAGGACAAUGUGGUUUCCUUUGAAUGCCCCCAAAACUGUCGGACCACACACUUGUCGUACGUUGUCCAGUCUGUUACUGCUUAAGCAUUGUAAUGUAAUGGGUAUUACUGGUCAAGAGUCAUCCUCUAAUGGUUUGUCCAGAUAAAUACAUGCUGAAUCUGGUCUUCAAAGAAAUGUUUGAUUUGGAAAUGCCAGAUUGUAGGAGGCUGUCUGCUGUUCUGUAAACAGAUCUGCAAUAUUGUUUGCUACAUCACUUGGGGCUUUUUGGUGAAAAUUUUACUUUGUUCAGGUUAACAAACAAAUUAGCCCUUCAUAUUCCUUCCUUGUAAAAUUAUCAUGUGUUUAUAUGUAUAUAUAAACACUGACUAAGUGCCAUAAUGUUGGAUGCUGAUGUUAUGUUGUAAUUGCCUUUUUAAAGUAUAGUACUAUUUUGGGGUGAGAAGGAAAAACAAGUAGGAUAAUCCUCUUGCAGUUUCACCCUCACCAUACAUGGUAGUAUUUUUGCCUUCCCCUCUCCUGCACCAUAGGACUGUUUAUGGGACAUAGAAAGGCAUAUAGACAGAUUGAGAUGAGUGCUGAAAGCAGAUUUUAUAAAAAGUAUUCUUCAAAUGAAACCACUUAUUUGUAAGGUAUUGUAUGAAAUGGGAAAACAUCCUUCAAGAACCUCCUCUGAACCAGCCUAAAAGAAAUUUUCAGCAUGACAUUUGUUCAUGGCCAUUGGGGCAUUGCUACAUGUGGUUUUUACAUAUCCUGCGUGGGAAGUUGAGCAGUGUAACAACACUUCCUGAAGUAGACAGUUAGGAUAUGGAUUGUUUAAAGUCUUGCUCUGUGCCAAAAUGU